UAGCGCAGUACGUGUUAAAGUGUUGCGCUCAAAUAAAUAGAUCGUCAACCUUUUUUCGUUUCCGUAACUUAACUAAGCUAACAAAGAUGAAAACUUGUGCGGUGUGCAAUGACCAGUUUAACGAUGGGGUUCAGUGUGCGAGUUGCAGGAAACAUCUGGAUUUCUCUUGUGCUAACGUUUCCGAAGUUGGAUGGAGGAGAUUGGGUGUGGAUCGCAGAGCUCAAUGGAAAUGUCCUGGCUGCAGAGCACCGUCCCCGGUGUUACUUUCGCCACAACCGCCUGCUUCACUGGACACAAUUCUUAGUGAAGUACGGGAUAUGAAGCGGCAGUUACUGGAUCUGCCGUCAUUAAUCCAUGACCUUAGGUCUAUCAAGGAAGAAUUGUCUGAGCUUAAGAAAAGCUAUGACUUCUCUAGUAGCCGGCUGGAUGACUUCGACAGUCGGAUUGGUGCUCUCGAGGCAAAAGCCUCUCAGCUGGGGAAGCUUCAGGAUACUGUGUCUUCGCUGCAAGCUGAAGUUGCCUCAACUAAGCUGGAACUUUCAUCGCACGACCAACGAUCCCGGCUUAACAACGUGGAGAUUAAGGGGAUUCCUCUUAAGAAGGACGAGAAUUUAUUCUUGGUGGUGGACUCUAUCUGUCGCAAAAUUAAGUACAGUUGUGACAAAACCCUGAUCAACUAUAUCUCUAGAGUGCCUAUUCGGAAAUCUAAGGACAAAUUGCUGGUAGUGAGUUUCCUGAACCGGUAUGUAAAAGAGGACUUUGUUGCAGCAGCGCGUGCCGUUAAGGAUUUGUCCACUGCGGAUCUGGGUUUCCAGGGAGCACCUCAACGAAUUUAUGUAAAUGACCAUUUAAGUGUCGAGUCAAAAAUGCUUUUGAAUAAAACUAAAUCUACUGCUAAGGACAAAUGUUACGAAUUCGUAUGGGUCAAACAUGGUAAAAUACAUGUGCGCAAGGAUGUCAAUUGUAAACCCUUUAUUGUUCGCAGAGAAACGGAUUUAAACAAAAUUAUUUAGUCCGCUGUAAUAAACUAAUAUUUAAAACUUAUUGUAUGCAUGUUAGAUUAAUUAGCCUUAAUAGUUAUCUUAAAUUCAUUUAUUUUAGUUUUAUAAUACGUUUAAGUUCGUGCACUAAAGUUCUCUUUGUUAAUGUUAAAAGGUUGAACGCCUCUGUGUCGCUAAUGAGCUUACAUUGUUUUCUCUACUGGCCUGUUUGUCUUCGGGGUCCAACGCAUGCUAAUGCAUUCAUCUCUCUUGCGCUUGCGCGUGUUACCUAUUGGUGCUUGCUCGCUCACUCAGUUGUUUACUGCUUUGAGUCGUUCGAUUUGUACUUUGUUGCUGUUUUAACAUAUUUUUACCCACUUUUCAAAUAUUUAUUGCUGUUAUGCGUUAUUAAUUAUUAUCUUACUUUUAAAUGUGUGCUGGUAUUAUAUUACAAUGAAGCUUAUACUGUCAUAAUGUUUUACGUUGUAAAUGACACCUAUUAGUGGUAGGCAAUUGACUAUUUACUACCAAAACGUACGCGGAUUGCGUACAAAGACGGACUCGUUUUAUCGUCAGGUCUUAUUAAAAUCGUAUGAUGUUAUUGUUUUAACGGAGACGUGGCUAAUCGAUGGUGUGUCAGACUCAGAGUUGUUUGAUGACCGAUAUAUGGUGUGGCGCCGUGAUCGUAACUACUCCGUUACUGGACAAACUCGUGGUGGUGGUGUUGUUAUUGCGACACGCAGAGAGUUAUGCGUCACCCCGCAACCGUUUCUACAUUCCUCUGCGGAGGAUCUCUGGAUUACCUUACGACUUAACAAACUAAACUCACGAGAUCAUGUAAACUUAUAUAUAUGCGCAGUGUACUUAUGUAAACAAAAUAAAGGCUUCUCAUUUUCGAAUCAA